AUGGGCGGCAAAGGCAACCAGAAGGGAAAGGGAGCCCACAAGGGGCGCAGGGACCAGGAGAAGCUGGAGCGUCUCCGUGGCUCGUUUCGAGCCCGGAGUGACGCUGACCGGCGAAGACUGGUCAAGAUCCUCAGACACGAGGCUGCCCUCCUGGGUCUUCCGAUCCGCGAAGACGGAUGGGUCUCGUUGAAGGACCUCAACGAAUGCGUCGGAACCAUAUCCGGCGAAGAUGCCGCCCGAAUCAUUGGGCGAGACGAGAAAGAUAGGCUAAUUCUUUCUCAAGAGGGUGAAGAAGUGUGGGUGGCGGCCGUGUCAGGUCACACCAUAGCGGGGGUUGUGGGGCCUGGCCGAGAGCUGCCCCUACAGGAGGUUCCAGAGGUGCUUGUUCGGUUCCUUCUUACUACGAAUGACAUUUACCUGGCGCCGGACGGAAUACCCCCCGAGUAUAUCUCGCAGAUCGAAUCCUGGCGGAAAGGACCGGUUCCCUUCCCACCGCGGGCAGCGGGGUCUUCCUUGUGGCGUUUCGCUCCCGGAACGGCUGCCGGCUCGCGCCGGGAAGGAGCUGCGAAAACCGCGGCCGAAAAAGCCCAACAAAGGGCUGAGGCUGUGGCCGAGCACAAAGAGGCCGCACGCUUUACCGAGAGGCAAGAGGCCAGGCGUAAGUUGGCGUCGGCCGCGCCCCGGGGCACAGUGGGCGUGGAGUUGCAGAGAGCUCUGGACUCCGACUGUGAGUCCUGCUCGGACCGCAGGGAGCAGUCCACCCUGAGCGCAGCAGCGUACGCCACGCAGCGCCUGCGAGCCAUGGAGGCGCGACCUCCACCAGAACCCGUCGUUCUUAGGCCACGCCACCAACCCGGCACCCCGGCACGAGGCAGUGAACAAGGAGCUCUGGGGUCAACCGACAAUACGGUAGAGACCUCAGAACGCCUCGAGCCGGAGCUGGGGGACGAGGAAAUGGAGCUGAUAGAGGGCAGCCCCAAGGGCGAUGAGCCGAUGUCUUCCGUGGAGCGUUCCGCUCCCGGAAUAGCAGAGGCCACGCUCGAGGGCGAUGAACCGAUGCCUUCCGUGGAGCGUUCCGCUCCCGGAAUAGAGGAGGUAGAGCCUGCGGUCGGUCCAGGUCCGAGCGCCCCAGAGGCAACCGCCCCGGAAGCAGCACUGAAGGAAGAGCAAGCUGCGCCAGGGGAGAGCCCGCCGAGGCGCGCAAUCUGGGGAAGGUUGAAGAAGGAGGUCCUUUGCAGCCUCCUGGGGGAGGUAGCCCUAGCAGAGCCGGAAGCCAUCGCGCUGAAGGUCGACCCGGACACGUUGACGGCAGAAAUCGGCAAGAUGUCGCUGGAAGAUGAAGACCCGGAUUGGUCUGGCGACGAAGCCGAAAUUCCGGUAGCUACCGCCUUGCCGGGCGAGGCUGCGUCCAGCUCCACCAAACAAGAGGAGGGCAGGGGAACUAAGAAGGAACUCGAGCUCGACGAGACGGAGGAACCCCCACGCCGCCGCAAAGUGGUGUUGGCUACUGGCCAGUUGUCGCUUCUCCGGGCCCUGGCCGCUGCCAACGCGUCCAACUGGUCCGGGGUUCAGCGUGCUCUCAAAGAAGCCCAGGGGUCGGGCGAGGAAAAGAGCGAGCUUGUGGAGAACCUCACGUCCCUUGCGCAAGCGGCAGCCGCUCUCGCAGAGCUCGAGGGCGCAGAAGCCGCCUACCUCGCGGCGCUCCCCCCGGCCUUGGCAGAACUGGAACGCAAAAACCCAGUGAGGCCCAGUAUGGAUAAAAGCCUCGGGUGGAUCAACCACGCACGCUUCCUGCAGGACAAGGAAGCCGCCGGAGUGUGGGUGGCACGCAGAAAGGAGAAAUCCCGCCUGCGAGCUGCUGCACACCGAGCGGCUCAGCAGACUGCCGAAGGCGUCGGUGCAGGGGUGCAAGACCCGGUCCGCGACCAGGCGGACGCAGCCAGCCACCUCAACUUUCAAAUGAAUGAGGCGGCAAGGGACAACCUGCGGCGCUUCCAGGCAGAGCUGCGAGCUGGGGAGCUAGACGCCCCGAUGCGAGCCGCGGUAGCUCAGAAGCGCAAGCCUGAGUCCGAGCGCAGGCGACGCAUCAAAUGGGCCAGGUUUUGCGAAAAGCAAGGGAAAACCAGGAAGUACGACCCCACGGAAAGCGAGCAGAACCACCCCUACGCUCACUCGGGUUCACCCCACCUCGGGAAGGCCAUGCCGUGGCCCGCUUCGGGCCCGGCAGGUGCCUUACGGCUGGAGAACCGGGGGAUUCCCAGCACUAUGGGGGAUGGCACCGUGGCCUGCUUCAGGCCCGGGCAUGGCCGGAGGAGGAAUCGGACUGGGGCUUGGGAUGAUGCUAGGUUGGAUGCUCGACAGAGGGCGUCAGAACCGGAGAGGAAGAGCCGGUGGCCCCACAUUCACCCAGCCAGCCGCAGUAAAGCUCCCCCUCCCACUCGACCGUGGUUAGCUCGACCCUUGCCGCGCGACGAAACCAGUCGGAGAGUUGUCACGCGAGCUCUCUGGCUGACCACCGUCGCUCUGCUUCCCAUCGUUGUAAAUGCUGCCGAAGGGGACAUUGUGGAAGAAGGGGACGUCUGGGAGCUAUGGUCGUACAGGCUCCUGACUACUGGCUGCCUCUAUCUUACCUGGCGCACCACCUUAGGCUGGGGCGUCGAGAAGAAAGAGGUCGCCUGCCAAACCACCCAAGGACACCCGCCGGCGGCCGACCACGUCCGCGUUACGCCCGCCGGUGAAUGCUUCCAUGCGGAGCAUUGCGGACACUUGAGGGCGAGGAAGAGCCGGGCGUACCGACCCUGUCUGGAUUGCUCCCCGCUUGAGCCCCGGGUUACCCGCCUGCCAACGCCGGGGAGCACACCCGCGGCCAGACGCCAGGGGUCCAACUAUGCAGGGUUCCUUCGGGUGAUCCUUGGUAGCCUCGCCGCCCUCGCUUUGCUCGUACUACAGGGGUGCGACCGACCAGCUGAGGAAACCGGUCGACUUGGCAACCUUGCGGGACCACCACUGUUGGGAGUUUCUGCUCUUGUUGCGUUGCUCAUCACCUGGCCGGGUCCGCCGUGGCGCGCUCCGCGCCCGGCGUCCCGAAGGGUGGGGGAAGGAACGCGCAAGGUCAGGUUUGCGGUACGAGAGACACGCCGGGAAACCCGGGGAGAACUCUUGCCCGCUCAGACCUCAAGCUUAACGACCCGACACCAUCGGCGUCGGGGCAGCCACCCCCUCGUGGCCCCGAGCGGGAAUUCCCCCGCAGAAACGAAGCGGAAAUUCUCAGAAGAAGGGCCGGAACCAGGGGUAGUCCCCGCUCGUCGCUGGGCGCAAGAAAGACUGCAGUUGGUGAAGGACCACCUUUCACCAUCCACCCAGCGGUUGUAUGACGGCCAUUGGCGCUGGUGGGAGCUAUACACUAGACGUCGGGGCGUUUCAGCACUCCGCUCCGUGGAUCGUUUCGAUCCCGGAGAAGAGUCCUUGUUCCUCGACUAUCUGGUGUACCUAUUUGUGGGCCAAGGGCUAGCAGCAGCCACAGCACAAGCCCGCCUGGGAGCGAUUCGAAGCGUACACCUACAGCUCGGUUUCCCAGACCCGCUGAAGCCGCUUCCUCGUUUGCAACUUGCACUCGAGGGAAUCAGAAGGAGAAAGGGACCCAUCGCCAAGCGACGUCCGGUUACUCCGCACAUGUUAGCAAGGGCCCAAGCGGCGUUGCCACAGGGGCUGUGGGGAAGGCAGCUCAACUGUGCAUUGCAACUCGGUUUCUUUUUUCUCUUGCGAGUUUCGGAACUGGUCGGCGGCAAUAACCCAAAGCUUGGGCUCCGUGUCAAAGAUGUCAAGCUGUAUAGCCGUGGCGAGUUCCUCGCCCGGCCGCCCUUCAGCGGGGCAGAUGAGGUGCAGAUCGUUGUGAGAGCCUCAAAGACGGAUCCCGAAGGGGAAUCCGCCACGAGGAACUUAUUUCGCAGCGAUGCGGCCGUCUGCCCUGUAUUGGCGACCAUAGAGUUUCUGGAACUCAAAUGGUCAGAAGCCACACCGCAUCCGGAGGAAAGAUUCUUCGGAGAUCUUACAAGGCAGGACAUCCAGACGGCACUGCAAACUGUCGCUGCCUCCUUAGGAGAGGAGGUACAGGCAUACACCCCCCACUCUCUCAGAUUUGGGGGAGCUUCUGCAAUGUGGGCAGGGGGGAUGGACUCUUAUGUCCUCCGAACCUGGGGCCGGUGGAACUCGGACGCAUUUUUAGCCUACCUUUGGACGUCUAGGAAGGCGUCCGCCAACACCGCUGCCUGCAUGGCCCGCGCAGACAUGACGCCGGUCAAAGGGUUCCCAAAUAAGUGA